AUGGACCCCAAUAUGGAUAACGUGCAUCACUUUCUGGCCAUGUGCGUGCUGUUUUUCGCGCUCGGCUUUCACAUGGAAGGCGGUUCGUGUCAGCACAUCAACCAGUUCCUGCUCCGUCCGAGCCCCAGUGACAUUUUACCCGUGGUGAUACUGAAGGAGCACCCGGAUCCCGUGCUCGAUCCUAAAGAGCGUGAUCUGAACGAGACGGAGCUGCGCGCCAUGCUGGGUGCGCAAUUUGACGCGCGCUUCAUGUCUGUGAUUUCUCCCGAGGACAAGAGUGAGGACGCGGCGGACACGGAGGGGAGCAAACAACACGCGCUCCAUCGUCUCACCGGCAGCAUGCCCAAAGAGUUCCGUGCUUUGGACUUCGACACGGCGAACGAUCCAAAGAAGCACAACAAGAAGCUACGCAGGCGCCUGCAGCACUUGCUCUGGGCGUACACCUUUUGCCCGGUUGUGCACACCUGGCAGGACUUGGGCAGCCGCUUCUGGCCGCGUUAUAUUAAAGUGGGCAACUGCUUAAACAAACGAUCGUGCUCAAUACCAGAGGGCAUGAUGUGCCAACCGGCUAAUAAUAUAUUCCUCACAUUACUGCGCUGGCACUGCGUAACGCGCAAAGGUGCGCUCAAGUGCAGCUGGAUCCCACUGCAUUACCCGGUUAUAUCAGAGUGCAAGUGCUCGUGUCGGAACUGAACCUUCGCUCAUGCCCUCUGAUGCACUCUCAUGCACUGUUUCAAGUGUAGGAAUGUCUCUGCGAUGUAAAUGUGGUGUUAUUUUAUCAGUUCUGUUUAUAAUGUUUAAAAGAGGUCAGUAUUUACAUAUAUCCAGCAUCUACUGUAAUUGAUGAGCAUACUCUGGGUUAACCUAUUUAUGUUUAAAUGUGUUAUUGAAGGAAUUGUAAGCUUUUUCCAUUGUUCGGAAAAACAUCUUAUGUUUUAAUAGACCUCAAAGUAUGAGUCAUGGUGUCAUUUUAUGGCUCCGGUGUGCUGUAAAUAAAAGAGAAAAUGGAGUAAUCAUUAAGUGUGUAAAUUAAGAGAUAUUUAUUCUUAUUUCCAUGUAGUCAAAAUCUUUUAAAA